AGAAAGAGAGAAUGGAGUUAUGGAGAAAGGAGAUGAGAGAAGAAGCAAAGAAACAGCUAUGGCUGGCAGGACCUAUGAUAUUUGUGUGUGUGUUUCAGUUCAGUUUGCAGCUUAUAUCUCUCAUGUUUGUAGGUCAUUUGAGUGAGAUAUGUUUGGCUGCUGUAUCUCUGUCCACUUCAAUUGUAAAUUCUACUGGUUUCAAUGUCAUGAUGGGUCUAUCAAGUGCAUUGGACACAUUUUGUGGUCAAGCAUAUGGAGCAAAGCAGUAUCACAUGCUUGGUGUGCACACCCAAGGAGCCAUGGUGGUUCUUAUCAUUGCUAGUAUAACAGUGUCCAUUAUUUGGGUAUACUUAGAGCCUAUUCUUGUGCUUUUACAUCAAGACAAAGAAGUUGCAAAACUAGCUCAACUAUAUGCCAGAUAUUUGAUCCCAAGUCUUUCAGCCAAUGCUCUUCUUCGAUGCAUUACUAAGUUCCUACAAACCCAAAACAUAGUCUUUCCUAUGGUGCUAGCCACUGGCUUGACUAGCUUGUUGCACUUGCUUCUCUGUUGGAUUUUCAUUCUAAAACUUGACCUUGGUAUCAAAGGAUCUGCCAUUGCAAUUUGUAUAUCAAAUUGGUUUAACACCAUAAUCUUUGCACUUUACAUUCGAUUCUCCCCUUCAUGCAAACAAACUUGGACUGGUUUCUCUAAGAAAUCAUUGCAUAACAUCCCAAAAUUUCUCAAACUGGCCUUUCCCUCAGCAGUCAUGGUGUGCUUAGAAUCAUGGACGUUUGAAAUAAUUGUGAUCUUGUCGGGUGUUCUUGCUAAUGCGAAAAUGGAAACAUCGGUUCUUUCUAUAUGUCUUAACACGUCUGGUAUAUUUUGGAUGGUACCAUUUGGAGUUAGUGCUGCUGGAAGUACAAGGAUCUCAAAUGAAUUAGGAGCUGGUAGACCAAAAGCUGCAUAUUUAGCAGUUAAAGUCACCAUGUUCAUGGCCUUUUUGGUGGGGCUUGUAGAAUUUUCUGUCCUUAUGUCGUUAUGGAAAGUUUGGGGGCGUGCUUUUACCAAUGUGCAUGAAGUUCUCACACAUGUGAUUUCCAUGAUGCCAAUUCUUGCAAGUUCUGCCUUUGUAGAUUCAAUUCAAACAGCAUUUCAAGGUGUUGCCAGAGGAUGUGGUUGGCAGAAACUUGGUGCAUAUAUCAAUCUAGGAUCUUAUUAUAUUUUGGGUGUUCCUUUUUCCGUUGUCUCAGCUUUUGUAUUCCACAUGAAGGGACAGGGGCUAUUUUUAGGGAUUGUAUUAGCACUUACUGUGCAAGUGGUGUGUUUUCUUCUUCUCACCUUACAGGCCAAUUGGGAGAAAGAAGCAGAAAGGGCAGUUGCAAGAGUAAGAAACAGUGGAGCCAAAGUUGAGGAUCAAAAUAUUGAUGUUGCUUCAUAGUUUAACAAUAUUUGUUCUAAGUAGAGCACUUAUCUUGGAAAAUUAAUGUUGUUUAAUUAUAUGAAUCCCAAACUUAGCAUCAAUGUACUUAAGCACAACAUAAUUAUAACUUUGUAGCACACACUCUCAAAACAAUAACCGUCAAUUUUCUGAGAAAUUAUGAACCAAUUUCUUUUAGUCUA